UGGUAUCCGCCCAUAUUCGCGUAAAGGAGGCCAAAGCAGCUAGGCCGGACGCUGGAUCAAAUGGAAAGUUCAAUCGAUUAAAUUUGCCUACUUUUUUGUGUGUCGUGCAUGUUCCUGCUCGCUCCUGAAACGACGUUAGACCGACUUAAAUGCGGGCGUUUUGGCGUGAAAUAGGAAAUGCAGAGAUCCUGUGAAACGGGAGGAUUAUCAGCUUGACUUCUUUGGUCGCUACUUCGGACGCGGAACUCCACUCGCUAAAAGGUGAAUCAUGACAGAAUAUAAGCUGGUUGUGGUGGGAGCUGGUGGCGUUGGCAAGAGCGCACUUACUAUUCAGCUCAUCCAGAAUCACUUUGUGGAUGAAUAUGACCCCACCAUCGAGGACUCCUACAGAAAGCAGGUGGUCAUCGACGGAGAGACGUGUCUGCUGGACAUCUUGGACACUGCAGGUCAGGAGGAGUACAGCGCCAUGAGGGAUCAGUACAUGAGGACAGGCGAAGGCUUCCUCUGUGUCUUUGCCAUCAACAACACCAAGUCCUUUGAGGACAUUCACCACUAUAGAGAACAGAUUAAGCGGGUGAAGGACUCUGAGGACGUCCCCAUGGUGUUGGUGGGGAACAAGUGUGACCUCCCGUCCCGGACAGUGGACACCAAGCAGGCUCAGGACUUAGCACGCAGCUACGGCAUUCCCUUUAUUGAGACCUCAGCCAAAACCAGACAGAGAGUGGAAGAUGCCUUUUACACUCUGGUACGGGAGAUCAGGCUGUACCGGCUCAAUAAGCUCAGCAAGGAAGAAAAGACUCCGCGCUGUGUCAAGCUUAAAAAGUGUGUUGUGAUGUGAAAGGGGGCGUUGAUGAUGCCUUUUACACAUUAGUGCGAGAAAUCCGGAAGCAUAAGGAGAAGAUGAGCAAGGAGGGCAAAAAGAAGAAAAAGAAGUCCAAGACAAAGUGUACACUUAUGUGAAUAAUCACCCCUUUUCAAGACAGACUAAAAAAAAAAAAAAGAAACUAUGUUGAACAGUUCAAGUAAUACAUUUUGUACAUUACACUAAAUUAUUAGCCUCUUUCUCAAUACCCACCAUACUGAAUACUAAACCUGACCUGAAUUUUCUGCCUUUGUUAUUUGCCUCUUGGUCACCAAUAAGCUCCUUUUCAGUUUAGUGCCAGUUGCUGACGUGUGUUGGUCCAACAGCCUGAUGAUUUAGAUUUUCUAGGAUAAUGAUGAUUUGGAUAAUUUUACAUAGGUGCAGAGCCGGGAGCUUAAUCGCAUUGCAAAUCACAUCUGACAAAUUAUUCAUUACCAAGUUUGAGUUAGUUUUCCCUUUGCUUGAAAGGUCAUGGCCUGCAAAUGUUCUGUGAUGCCCUUUUUAAGUAUGGGAUGCCAAAGAAUGAAUUUUCAUCCCGCUCACGUAGACAAAAUGGAUAUGAAGAAAGGACCAACGUUCAGCCAGAUGAGAUCCAAACGUCCCAGUCACUGUGUAAUGUCCCCAUCUCUAAUGACCUCUAGGUAUGACUUAGUUCUGUCACUGUUAAGUAUGCAUGCAGACUCCUACCCUUCUCCGAAUGUUUUAACACCCUAAUUAGCUAUUAAUUAAUUUGCAAUUUAUCAUUGCUUUGUAAUGUGUGGGGAGUGAUUUCUUGCCUUCAUGAGACAAGAUGUUUUGUUUUUUUCUUUUUGCAUGCUUUGUGUCCUAGAUGACAUGGGUAUUGCAAACUGACUCUGGUUGAUACAUUGAACAGAGCCAGCAACGAGGAACUCAAGUGGACAUCAUACAGUCUACUUUUUCAUGUUUCUACAAAAUAGUCAAUAUUUGCUUUUGUGAGCACAAAAUCUGCCUUUUUU